AUGGAAAAACAUAGAUUUGUUCCAGAAAACAUUUAUAAUAGCGAAGAAACUGGUAUUUCAGCAGUUCAAACUCUUGGAAAAAUUCUGGAUACCAAAGGACAGAAGAGAGUGAGAUCGAUAACCAGUUGGGAAAAAGGAAAAAACAUCACUUUGUUGUGUGCUAUGAGCGCUGCUGGCGGUUACAUUCCACCGGUGUUCAUUUUCCCCAAGAAAAGGUUGACUCCUCUGCUCGAGAAGGAUGGUCCAGCAGGAGCGCUUUACAAAUGCUCGGACAACGGUUGGAUUAAUGAGAAUCUCUUUCUCGAAUGGUUGGUGCACUUUAAACAGCACUACAAAUAUUGCAAGUCCAAUCAUAUUUAUAUGUCUCUGCCACCACACGCGUCACACAAAAUGCAACCCCUGGACGUUUCUUUUUUUGGUCCGCUCAAAAUGGCAUAUAAAAAAGAAUGUGACUUAUUUUUGAAGAGCAAUCUUGCAGAAAAGAUAACACCUUAUGACGUAGCAUCGUUGGUGAGAAAAGCAUUUAAUAAUAUUGCGUCUAUUAAUAAAGGAGAAUCGGGUUUUAGAGCUACUGGAAUAUUUCCACUAAAUCCGGAAGUAUUCACAGAAGAAGAUUUCUUCGCUGCAGAAACUCUCCAAUUAGAAGUAGAUAGCCAUAACCUUUCUUUCCCAAAAAUUCAUCUCUCCUCAAAAUAUACCCCUUUCAAUAUGAAAUUAUAUUCUUCUGGAAUUCAAAGGUAG